CCCACACAUCCCCUUCUCAUUUCCAGUAGAUCUCUUCUUCCCCUCCCCAAUCAUACCUAGAAGGACAGUCAUCGUCAUCCCUGAUGUGAAGUCUGCCGCGGUCCAUCGACGUCGCUGAUGCGAAGUCCGCCGUGGUCCGCCGCCGUCGCCGCCGAAGAUCUUCUUCUCUUUUUCGAAGUGGCGGCAGUGGCCAAAGAUGAAGCGGCGGAGGAUGGAUCUACACCAGCGGAGGCCGGAUCUGCAGCGCCGGCGGCCGGAAUUGAGAAGUCUAAGACCAGAUCUAUGACUCCGGUGACCAGAUCCACAUCUGCAACGGCGGACAAUUCUAAGACCUCGGCGGCAGUUUGCGAGCAGCGGCGAUCGGCGGAGGCCGGCAAGCGGCGACGGCAGGCAAGCAGCGGUCCGGCAUUGGGUCUGUGGUUACCAAGCUUCAAGGAUAUAUUUGUCCAAAUACAAAUAAUAAUUCUUAUUUAGGGAAUUUUUAUACUUUAGUCCUAUUUUAGCAAUUAAUAAUUGAUUUACUCCCAUUUGGGCAAAUACCUCAAAAUUAAUUUUAUGGUUUCUGGUUUCUCUAAACACUAAAAAUUAAGUUGUUUCUCUAAAAAAUUAGUCUUCCACGUAGAUUAAUUUUAGCCGCAUAUUUGUUACUUUAAAAGUAAAUGGUAAAUUUUUUGGAACGAUCGAAAAAGAAAAGUUGACCAAAUUUUAUUAGACAAAGACAGUAUUUUAUUAAAGUCAGACUUCAAAAGUGCUGUAUAAUACAAGUCAUAAUGUCUGUACUAUGACAUUGUUAGUUUUUCUUAUGUCACUCAUACUAUGUGACAUUGUCAGUGUUGCGAUUACCACGAUAAUGUCAUUAUCGUCAUCAAACAUAUAAUUAUGAGUGUCAUAUUUUUUCCCUACAAUUUAUUCUGAUGGUGGUUGGCGGUAAUUGUUAUUAUUUGCUAGAGGCAACGGUGGGGUGUGGGGAAGAGAGUGGGGUGACUAGUUAGGUAAGAAUUACAACGAAAAUAAAUGCUUAUUAAUUAAACAAAGAUUAGUCACAUUUUUAGAAAAAUGAAAAUUACUCGUAUUUCAUUUUCCAAAAAUUGUAGAUGUUAUAUUUUUGGUCGUUUUCCCUUAUUUGGCUUCACUAUGAACGUUUUUAAUGGGACAUAAGUGGAAAUUAUCUGCACGGUUCACUUUUAUAUUUAACAUAUCAUUUAUAUCCACCAACACAAUACUUUUCAUAUUUAAACUUUCAACUUUUCACUUUUAUUUGAAAAAGAGUCUAAACACUAAGCCUAAUCAAAAUCUGACUAUGCAUCGACCUUCGUCUCCCAAAGUUUCUGCCCGUCCUCCAUAUUUGUCUAUCAAUCUCCUCAAAAGUCUCUCAUAGCGACUUCACUUUAACUGCGACACCUCCGCUCUCUCAAUCCAUAUCAAUAUGUGUUUCUCUUGUCUGCAAUUUGAUUGUGGAACAGAUGCAAGUGUCAUCAACACCUAUUUUGUUCUUCACCAUUGAUGGAAUAUAUGGACUCCGACCCCCCGGUCUGCUGACUACUGGACCUGGACAGCGGCCCACACACGUUUAGCGGAUAUCAUUCAUAUUAUUGUACAUUAUUAUUAUUAUUCAGAUGUUCUAGAUUAGUUGUUUGUACUAUCAGUCCAUUUAUGUAACCGGGUUUGUCAGGCCCAUAUUAGAGGACCAGACCCGGAUUUUCCCUAUAUAUACUUCUUUAGGAGGCUACAGAACUCAAAUAUACAACCAAUA